AUGUCCUCCGAGACGGCGGCGGCUGGCCAAGACAGAAAACGGCGAUCGGCAACCCAUCCGCCCAAGACGCUGCGUGAACGCUUCCUCCACUCGCUGCCCUACUACACGGGACCGUACGGCGUGGGUUUCCUCGAGAUUGAGGUUCCGGCUCGCACGCCGCGCACCUUUUCAGAGCUCAGGAGAGACAACGUCCCUCUGCUGAGGAUCGACACCGUGCUCUUUGCCGUCUACUACCCGUGCACCCUCAAGUCCAAGACUGACGACCAUCCAACCCCAGGGCACGGCCACCGCAAGCCUGGUAGUGGUGGUGAUGCCAAGAAGAAGCCGAAGCUCUCGCGGGUCGGCUGGCUCCCGCGCCCGCGCGUCCUUACUUGUAAGGGCUAUGCCAAGUUCAUGAGCGUCCCAAACUUGCCGGUGACGGCUUACAUCGCCUCCACCUCCAUGUUCACGAAGCUCCCGGCUCUGAGGAACGCUAAGCUGGCGGAGAACUGGCCGGAAGAAAUGCUGGGCGAUGAAGGGCCGUCUGGUCGAGCGGCAAGGGACGAAGAGGCGAGGUCAUCAACUAAGCCCAAGUUUCCCGUCAUCAUCUUCAGUCACGGCCUGGGAGGUUCCAGGAUGAGCUACAGCUCCAUAUGUGGAGAGCUGGCCAGCUACGGCUUUGUCGUCGUGGCGAUUGAGCAUCGUGAUGGCAGUGGCGCAAGAACUUAUGUCAACCUCCCCGAGCACCGGGAGAUUUCCGACAGCGACUCGUCCAUUACGCAUUCCCACAUCAAGAGCGUCAGUGCCAAGAAGAUUAAGAACAAGAAAAAAGGCAAGCAGAAUGACCAGUACUAUUGCGUCGACUACCUCUUCCCCAAGGACAACGCCCAGGACACGGCACCACACAACGCGCGUGGGGUCGAUACGGAACUACGAACGGCGCAGAUCGAAAUGAGAAUGAACGAAAUAGAGGAAGCGUACCGCGUCCUCGGAUACAUCAACCAAGGACGGGGGCGUGAGGUCGCGGCUAUGAACCUGAGAAGAAAGGGCAAUGUGGCGUCCAGCUCCAAGGGCUUGACGGGAAUCGAGUGGGAUGAUUGGACAGGACGACUGUUUUUGGAAAACGUGACAAUGAUGGGCCACUCGUUUGGCGGAGCAACGACGGUCGAGAGCUUAAGAUCGGAGUCGCUCAGCUGGGUAGGUCAAGGCAUCAUCCUCGACGCUUGGGGUUCCGCUACACCUCGAGCGGGUGAGGACGCUAGGCAUCGCGUCAAAAAGCCACUUUUGGCGAUCGGAUCGGAGGCCUUUAUGCACUGGCAGGAAAAUUUUGACAGGCUCGUCGAUAUCUGCAACGAGGCGAGAGCAGAGAAUGCCCUGACCUGGAUGUUGACCAUCAGAGGCUCCACUCAUCUCUCCCAGACUGAUUUCGCUAUACUGUACUCGACAUGGAUGGACCUGUUGAUGAAGACGCUCGUCAACCCCUUGAGAGCCAUCUACCUUACCAUCUCUCCGACGCUUGAGUUUCUCAAGAUCACACUGCCAGCAGAGCAGACGAAGUACAGCAUGUGGGUGGACGAGAAGAUCCUCAAGUCGGCAGAGGCAUCAUCGACACCGGAAGCUGUGGUGAAACAAGACCACCGGCCCGAUGACAAAUGGAUAGCAGUCCGGCUCAAGGUCGACAACGAGGCGUCACUAAGAAUCAAGAAUUGGAUUCGGCAUAAGAAGAGAGUGUUGUAUCGAAAGGGAGAAGGCUCUGGUUUACCAUCUGGGCUGAUCAACUGGGGCGAAGGCAACGAGCUCUUCAUCCACUUUAGUCCUGGUCUUCAGCCUGUGGAAGAGUACAUGCGGAAGAAAGAGCGGGUGACGGGUUAA